AUGGCUUUCGCGGCGUUGCAGGUUUCCGUCACGGUGAUCGUGCUCACCGCGCUCAUGUUCAACAUGUUUAGAGGAUCCCAAUCCUCCACUUGGUGGGGGCGAUACCUGGUCUAUCCGGCCACAUAUGUGCUGGCGGUCCAGGUGGGUGCCACUCACAUGCUGCCGAUGCUCAUCGCCGGCACUCUGCUGCGUUAUCUCGUGAAUCUGCUGUUCACCGCUCUGUCAAAGUUGGACACUUUUGCUGAGCCGGUGCGCAUCCAUAGGACGAAUCCACCCGCAGAGCAGCACGAGCGCGAGCUGGACUGGGAUGGACCGGUCAUUCUGUCCCCGACUGCCUUUGUCUUGGUCGAUGCCGUGACGCCAUGGCUGAGGACAACGGUGCCGCUGAGCUGGUCAAACAUCGCAGUGUGCUUCCUUGCGCACUAUCUCGUGGUCGAGCCGCUCUAUUACCUUUUUCACCGAUGGCUCCACACCCCCGCGGUGUACAAGGCCUCGCACGUGCAUCACCACAGCUCAGUGGUCACGGAGGCUAUUUCGGGCACUUCGCAUCCCAUGCUGGAGACCCUAGGCUACCUGGCGAACUUUUCCUUCCCGUGCGGGUCCUGA